AUGUCUCCAGUGUUCAGGAUUGAAACAGAAAGUGGACCUCAUGUUUAUCUCUCACACGAGUUUGCACAUGAGAUUCGUGACGAUGAACGAUUGAGUCUCUCUCGGUAUCUGGUGCAGGAGCUGUUGGUCAAGAUACCAGGGCUAGAACCCUUCCGCGAAGGGACGGUUAAUGAAGGCGUAAUGCAAGAUGCACUUGCUGAGCCACUCGCUGAAGAAACCGAUUUUGCUUUGCGAAGGAUCUGGGGUGAUGGUCCAGAAUGGCGCGAGGUUAACUUGAAGAAAUCGAUGGUGGACCUAGUCGCAGAGCUUUCAACUCGCGUCUUUUUAGCAGAGAUGUGCCGUGACGAGGAAUGGCUGCAACUCAGCGCCAACUAUGCUUCGAAUGCAUUCAAGGCCAUUACCCAGUUGCGUACGUGGCCCAUUCAUCUAAGGCCCUUCGUCCACUGGUUCAUGCCUGCUUUUCAACGUGCGCGUGCCGAUGUGAAGCAGAGCCGUCAGAUGAUCCGUCCGGUAUUGGCUGCGAGGAAAGCCCAGAAGGAGCAGGCAAUCAAAGAAAAGAAGCCGCCGCGCAAGUAUAAUGAUGCUUGUGAGUGGAUGGAGGAAGUGGCAAAAGGACGGCCAUACGAUCCAAGCGUUAUCCAACUCACUUUCUCUUUUUCUGCCAUUCACACAACCGGGGAUCUUAUAACACAAGUACUUGUCGAUUUGUGCACACAUCCUGAGUACAUCGAACCACUGCGGCAGGAAAUUCGAACUGUCGUUGCCGAGCAUGGUUGGACGAAAACGACGAUUUACAACUUGGCGUUGAUGGACAGUUUCAUCAAGGAGAGCCAACGAUUGAAGCCUCCUGCUAUGGUAACGAUGAACCGAACCGCCACCGCCGAUAUACAGCUAUCAGAAGGGACGAAACUUCCCAAGGGUUCCCGUAUAGCCGUAUCGGCUGUUAAUAUGUGGGAUCCUAAGGUGUACCCAGAACCUCUAAACUUCGAUGGUUACCGAUUUUUGAAGAUGCGUGAGAUCCCUGGACAGGGAAAUGCCGCGCAGUUUGUCACGAUAAGCCCUAACCACUUGGCGUUUGGGCUGGGUAAACAUGCUUGUCCAGGCCGUUUCUUUGUUGGCACAGAAGUCAAGGUCGCACUUUGUUUUCUUCUCCUCAGAUAUGAUAUGGAGUUGACUGAUGAGAAGAACUCAAGACCAAUCAUGAAUGGUCGAACUCUGGCUGCAAAUGUAUUUGCGAAAAUACGGAUUCGUAGAAGAGAGGAGGAUGUGCCAUUGAUCCCGGUUGGAUCUUUCUAA